UCCUGUUUGGAGCCAAUGUCAUUCUAAACGGAAGAGCCAUUGACAGGCCAGGUAAAGACGUUGUGAUGAUUUAUUCCGGCGGCGGCGGGUUAACAACAGGACCAAAGACUCAGAUAACAUGUACCUAAAUGUUUGGAAGUACAUCCUCACCUUUCUGACCCUGUUUGGCUUCGUCGUCCUGCUGCGCAGCGUCACCAUUUGGGAGAACUGGACGUACCACAUAGUAUCAGCACUGUAUGAUGUCCAGAAGCGGAUCCAGUCAUCAAAUCUCACGAGAUGCCUCCCAACGUUUCAUCACAAUCACACCUUCUGUCCACAUGUGGGCCAGCCGCCGUCACUUGUCGAAAAGCUGGAGGAAUGCAACCUGUUGAACUCCAUCGCCUGGCCCCAACCGCCCUCUGGCUCUGCAUCACUGAAAGUGUCCCAGACGAGUGACCCAGCACACAGCCUGUUUACAAUCGUCCCCUCCAAAAAAGACCAGCAGUGGUAUGUGGGCGACCAGCUGGAAGUGCUCGUCCACCUGCACGACUUCAAGGGUCGACCCAAGCGCUAUGGCGGCGAUUUACUGCUGGCUCGGUUGCAUUCCCCAAAAUAUGGGGCGGGGGUUGCCGGCCAGGUGCUGGACCACAAGAACGGACUUUAUUCCGUUCGAUUCCCGCUGCUGUGGGAGGGGUCGGCUCAAGUCGAGGUCAUGAUGGUGCAUUCGAGCGAGGCCAUCGCUGUACUGCGGCGACUGAGGGAAAAACGGCCUGAUCGAGUGUUCUUCGUCAGCCUCUUUCGCCGAGGCCGUCAUUCUGAAACGAAGGUGUGUCACAUGUGCCUGCCACAAGGCAAGCGGCCACUGUGCAACUACACGGACCUCAACUCCGGUGAACCAUGGUACUGCUACAAGCCCCGAAAGCUCAGCUGCACCACAAGAAUCAACCAUGCCAAGGGAGGCUACCGCAAAAACAUCACGACCAACAAGGAAAAUUUGCUCUUUCAGAGUGGCGUCAACGUCAAAGUUCCCAUCCAAGCAUCCGCAGCGGACACCAUCACCGUGCUGCCUUCCAGGAAAGAAAGCGGCAGUCAAAAACGGGAUCCCGUGAUGUUGGCGACAUCCGGUUACUAUUACCAGGACUCGUGGAGGCCAUUGGGUGGCGUCACCAUGCGCCAGUUUGACGACGCGUCUGCCAUCACUCAGUGUUUGACCAACAAGUUGCUCUACAUGUACGGUGAUUCAACCGUGCGCCAGUGGUACGAGUACCUCGUCUCUGUGCUUCCAGGGAUGAAGGAAUUCAACCAGAAGAGUGCAGAAAAGGUGGGGCCCUUUAUGGCGGUGGACAGCACACACAACAUUCAGCUCAAGUACCGCUGCCACGGCCCACCCAUCCGCUUCUCUACCGUCAUGACCAGUGAGUUGCGCUACAUUGCCAACGAGCUGGACGGCCUGUCCGGCGGUCCCAACACGGUGGUGGCGCUCAGCGUCUGGUCUCACUUCAGCACCUUUCCCGUGGAGGUGUACAUACGUCGCCUUCGGCAUAUCCGCAAGGCGGUGUUGCGACUCCUGGACAGGGCGCCGGGGACGGUGGUGGUGGUCCGCACGGCCAACCCUCAGGCUCUGGAACGGCAAGCUAGCCUGUACAACAGCGACUGGUUUUCUUUGCAACUGGACGUCGUACUGCGCGCCAUGUUCAAGGGUCUCGACGUUUUGCUGGUGGACGCUUGGCAGAUGUGCGUGGCACAUCAUGAACCUCACAACAUUCACCCUCCGAGGGCAAUUGUCAAAAACAUGGUAGACAUGAUUUUGUCCCAAGUUUGCCUCAACGGGACCAGGAAGACCGUCUGAUUUUUGUCAAUCAAAACCAGGUUGGGAAAUCGAACGAGUAGAGGGCCUUACUUACGUUCGAAUUGAAGGAGUCCAUCCAUUCAUCCCAUUAUCCAUACCGCUUAUCCUUAUGAGGGUCUGGGGCUUGCGGGAGCCGAUCCCACCUGUCUUCCGGCAGCAACUGGUUGCCACCCCAUUGCAGUUCAAAAUAAGUCGCUGCACAUAGAGUUAAGAGAAUGUUAUGGA